UGUGAUAUUCUCCAUGGUCAGUCUGUGUGAUAUUCUCCAUGGUCAGUCUGUGUGAUAUUCUCCAUGGUCAGUCUGUGUGAUAUUCUCCAUGGUCAGUCUGUGAUAUUCUGCAUGGUCAGUCUGUGUGAUGGUCUCCAUGGUCAGUCUCUCUCUGUGUGAUAUUCUCCAUGGUCAGUCUGUGUAAUAUUCUCCAUGGUCAGUCUGUGUGAUAUUCUCCAUGGUCAGUCUGUGUGAUAUUCUCCAUGGUCAGUCUCUCUCUGUGUGAUAUUCUCCAUGGUCAGUCUGUGUGAUAUUCUCCAUGGUCAGUCUGUGUGAUUGUCUCCAUGGUCAGUCUGUGUGAUAUUCUCCAUGGUCAGUCUGUGUGAUAUUCUCCAUGGUCAGUCUGUGUGAUAUUCUCCAUGGUCAGUCUGUGUGAUGGUCUCCAUGGUCAGUCUGUGUAAUAUUCUCCAUGGUCAGUCUGUGUGAUAUUCUCCAUGGUCAGUCUGUGUGAUAUUCUCCAUGGUCAGUCUGUGUGAUAUUCUCCAUGGUCAGUCUCUCUCUGUGUGAUGGUCUCCAUCAUGUGACCGAGCAGUCACGUGGUCCGGUGAUGUCACCAGGCUCCGCCUACCGGAUAGGAAGUGGCCGCUACCAGCUUUACAUCCCAGACACCGAGACAUGGAGCCCCGAACCAAGAAACGGAAGGUACCGGGGGAGGGGGCAGAGUGGGCCUGGCUGGGGCAGGGGCAGAGGCCUGGCUGGGGCAGAGGGCCUGGCUGGGGCAGAGGGCCCAUUGGGGGGGGGGGCAGAGUGGGCCCACAGGGGCAGAGGGCCUGCCAAAGGUAGGGCCUGGCUGGGGGGGGCAGAGGGCCCGGCAGGGGGGGGGCAGAGGGCCCUACUGGGGGGUGGGAGUGGGGCAGAGCGGGCCUGGUUGGGGGGGGGGCAGAGCUGGCCUGGCUGGGGCAGAGCGCCCAGCCUGGGCAUGAGUGGCCCGGCUGGGCAGGGGGGCAGAGGGCCUGGCUGGGGGUGAGGGUCUGGCCAGCAGGGGCAGAGGGCCCUGCUGGGGGGCAGAGCGGGUCAUUGGGGCAGGGGGCAGAGUGGCCCGCUGGGGCAGAGGGCCUGGCAGGGGGCAGAGGGUCUGACAAGCAGGGGCAGAGGCCUGGCUGGGGGGGCAGAGGGCCUGGCUGGGGCAGAGUGGGCCCAUUGGGGCAGGAGCGGCCUGGCUGGGGUGGGAGGGGGGCAGAGUGGGCCUGGUUGGGGGCAGAGGGCCUGGGCCUGGGGCAGAGGGCCUGACUAGGGGGCAGGAGGGCCUGGCUGGGGUGGGAGGGGGGCAGAGGGCCUGGCUGGGGCAGGAGUGGCCUGGCUGGGGCAGGAGUGGCCUGGCGGGGGCAGAUUGGGUAGAGUCUCCUGGCACAGACUGGCCUUGCCCUGUGUUCUGCUACUUCGUUAAUUCCUUAGAUAUAUUUUUUUUAAUGUCAUUUAAAUAAUUAAAACAAUGUGAUUUUGAAGUGAAUUUAUUAAAUGUAUCAACCUGUGACACGUGCAGCCCCCUGUAAAUACCCCAAUCCCAGUCUGAGAGCAGCAGGUGGGGGAGUAGUGGCAUUAAAUGACCAUAUUUGAUGCUGUUGUGAGGGGAUGGAGAUCCAGGAAUCCAAUAAAAGUCACCUGUCUGCUUGAGGAGAACAUUGGGGGUUUCAGGGUGAGAGGGCAGAUUGGGGGUUGGGGGUGUCAGGGUGAGAGGGCAGAUUGGGGGUUGGGGUGUCAGGGUGACAGGGCAGGUUGGGGUGUCAGGGUGACAGGGCAGGUUGGGGUGUCAGGGUGAGAGGGCAGGUUGGGGUGUCAGGGUGAGAGGGCAGGUUGGGGUGUCAGGGUGAGAGGGCAGGUUGGGGUGUCAGGGUGAGAGGGCAGGUUGGGGUGUCAGGGUGAGAGGGCAGGUUAGGGUGUCGGGGUGAGAGGGCAGAUUGGGGGUUGGGGUGUCAGGGUAUGAGGGCAGGUUGGGGUGUCAGGGUGAAAGGGCAGAUUGGGGGUUGGGGUGUCAGGGUGGCUGGGACAUUCCUGUAGGACUCCCACUUGUUUUCAUGAAAUCCUUUCUGUUGCUGGGGCUUCUUGGUUGUAUUGUGCUGAUGUCCUCACCCUAUGGUACUAUGUGACACCUCCAAGUCCACAUUAUUGGGGGGGGGGGGAAGUGUCCUAUUUAUCGUUCUAGGGUGGUCUCAUUGAUGAUUUGCUGUUGCCAAGCUACCAAUAAAUUGUCAGUAACAAUGUAUCACACCGUUGAUCUUGAUGUAUCUAGUGAUUGGCAGUUCAUGUAGUCCUACAAUGGUCUGGAUUCAUGAUAUUCACAUGUCUUGUCCCAAAAUUUUGAUAGACAGCAGCAACAGAUUCUAAACGUGACUUUCACACCAAGAAUCUCCUGUAGACUUGUUUGCCCUAAUAACACAAUGGCUUACACUAGCAAAGAAACUGCAGCACAGACACAUCAAUUAUUAGUUCGUUUUUUUUGGUGGUCCUCAAAAAUUGAGUGUCUGUGUAAACAGAGCUUAAAUUCUCAAAAUGCUCAAAUAUUUAAUGGGACACUGUAGGGAUUAUAAGCAUUCAUAUAAUGGAAGUGGUUAUAGUGCCUGGAGUCCUCUGAUGCUGUCCUUCAAUGCAGUGUUAAACCAUUCCGUCUCAUUGAAGUGGUUAUAGUGCCUGGAGUCCCCUGGCGCUGUCCCUCCAUUCAGUGUUAAACCAUUCCAUCUCAUUGAAGUGGUUAUAGUGCCUGGAGUCCCCUGGCGCUGUCCCUCCAUUCAGUGUUAAACCAUUCCGUCUCAUUGAAGUGGUUAUAGUGCCUGCAGUCCCUAAUUUAUUUUUUUUUGCGGUUUAACACUGAAUGAGGGUCCCAGGCUUCCUAUAGCUCCGCCCCCUACUGGAGGUGCGGCUAUGGCAGAGAUUACACACUUCUAGCCAUACCGAUCAAUACCAGCAAUUGGCGCUGUGAUAGGCUGAAAGCAGUCAGCUGACACUCUCAGUCAAUCCUAGCCACCUUUGCUGCUCAGAUUCAGACCUACUACCUUAUAAUUCCAAGCAGUACAGAGGGAAUCAUUAAAGAUAGUUUACUGCUAAAUGGAAGAAUUACACCAGGGGACUCCAGACACUAUAACCACUUCAAUAUGACAAACCAACUACUAUACACAGUGUCCCUUUUAAAGGGAUAUUGUAGUGCCAGGAAUACAAAGCUGUAUUUCCUGGCACUACCGAUCCCCCUCCCCGUUAAAUAAAGGGUUAAAACCCCUUUAUUUACUUGCCUUAUCCCAGCACACAUUAGACCACCCCAUAGGAAAGCAUUGAACCAAUGGGGAAAAUCUGACACGGGAGGACGUCCAGCAUCAGAUAACGGACCAAAAGUCGGUUUUGAUUCUGGAAGCGCCCUCAGUGGCUGUCUGGUAGUCAGCCACUGAGGGCAGUCUUAAUGCUGCAAUGUAAACGUUGUUCUCUGGAACUGCAAUGUUUUACAAGUGCAAAAGGGACACAGCGCCCAGACCAUUUCAAUGAGCUGAAGUGGUCUAGGUGCCUACAGUGUCCCUUUUAGUAGAUCAAAAUAGCCUAAUAUCUUAUGCUGACAGUCACCACGUUAUCUGUUUAGUCAGUGUUCUGUUUCAUACUCAGUGUGUCAGAGUACAAAGCCAAAGCAACAACCUCUCUACCAUUACCUAGAUACUCAUUGACUGUGCUGUAUAUUUGACUCGCAGAGCAAAGAAGUCUCAAUGCCAGUCAAGGAGGCCAUCAUGGAGCUGAGAAACCACAAAAAAUCCACAAUAAGAGACAUUGCCAAAACACUGGGGGUCUCAAAAUCAACAGUUUUGUACAUUGUUAAGAAGCAGGAGCGCACUGGAGGCCUCAGCAAUAGUAAACGAUCUGGUAGACCCCGAAAGACCACAGUAAUGGAUGACCAAAAGAUGUUUGCCAUUCUGGAAAAAAACCCUAGUUCCACUGUCGAACAGAUCAAGAUCACACUCCAGAAUGUAGGUAUUGAGGUGUCAGAAAGUACCAUAAAGAGAAGACUUCACCAGCAGAAAAUUAGAGGGUUCACCUCCGCAUAUAGACCAAUGGUAAGGCCUAGUCACAAUCCAUGCCCACUAGCCCGCCACAAAACAAUCCCAUAACAUGAGAUCUCUUACAGGUGUGUGAAGAAACAAAUCCAAUGGGGAACACCUUGCCUGUCACCAACUUCCUGGGCUGGUGUGAGGAGAUGGGCUUGGAACUGAGUCCUAAGGUGAGGAACUGGGAGAGAGCAUAUUGUGACAUCUUUAAAGAAGACAACAUGGAGCAUGUGUGUUUAAUUGUAAUAUAUUUUUGUAUUUCGGGGUUCUGUGUACCCCCAGGUGUAUAUCAGUUCAGAAGGUACUGUGGCACAAUAUGGCAUGAUGGCGCGUGAGGACAUCUUGGUCGGGGAAGUUCUGUUCAGCAUUCCUAGGUCUGCGCUUCUAUCCCAGAAUACAACGAGGGUCCACGAUCUGCUGUUGAAAGGUAUUGUGAAGCGACUCUAAGAUUAACGGUUAAUGUGAUGGAUUGUUCUGUAAUAAACUCUGAGAAGAAUAUGUUUGGAUUCAAGGAAAUGUAGAUGGAUUUUUAUUUUAUUUUUUAUUCCAUUUUUUGUCACUAGCAGACAUUUGACAGAAUCUUAGUCAUAAAAAAAAAACUUGAUGCAAUUGUAGAUUAUGCUAGCUUCAGUGUACCUAUAAGCUUAAUUUUAUUAAUGACAGGAGGUGAAUAUUUGCUCAAGUCUCUCUUUACUAGAACUCCACAGCAGCACAUUAACACAGAGAAAAAAACACCAAUCAGAAAAAAGUAAGGAACCAUAAAACUCCACUCCCCACACAUAACGUCCUCUUUCAAGCUGCGACAAAACAGAAUAAAACCACGCAGUGUAACAUAAGUCCUUCUAGGCAGUGAGGUCAACGAUGUCAUCCAGCCGAGAGGACAGAUUAUAAACUGUGGUGCCGCGGACAGAUUAUAAACUGAAACGAGAAAAACAUAGUCGAAAGGGCUGGUUAGAUAAUGAAAUAUACUCUGAAAAAACAUGCAGUCAAGGGUAGAGAUGAAAAAACUGGGAGGGAAAUACUCGCCUCCUGUCAGUAAUAAAAUUAAGAUUAUAGGUACCACUAAAGCUAGCAUAAUCUACAAUUUUAUAACAUGACAGGAGGCUUCAUAUUUGCUGUUUUAACACUCAGUCAACAAGACAAACAUCUGGUCGCACCAUAGAAUUCUCUGGCUAACCAUGCGAAUUGUGGAAUAUUUGACUGUGGCCGACGAAGCACUCCUAAGGGUGCUGAACCCCGGAACUUCACCACCUGGGACAGGGUGCGGGUCAACUUUCCUUGGAAGACUGCGAAGCCCUGGUAUACGAACAAGGGGAGCGUAAAGUGAGGUUGAGAUCUGUCCAGGGCAUCCUCGCGGGAGAGUAAUAAGGAGUCCAGCUAUGAGGUAAUGGAAACCUUUGUAAACGAAGAUGAGCUGUCAUUGGUCUUAACAGUUGGUGAAUCACCAAGAGCCCGCACUUAUAUUGGAGAGUAGAUAGGUUGACCAGGCCGCUCGUUCCCCAGGAAACACAGCGAACGUUGGUACAUGGAACAGAAAACUACAGAUUCCGGAGGUUAAAGACCGUGUGUAAACUCGCCUGACUUCUUACGAAUAAGAAGGCUGGAUCCAUAGAAACCCCCGGAAGCUGACACACUCUUUAGUCGACCAGGGUCUAGAGUUUGAUGUCUACAGGCACCUGGCAGUCUGCCGCCCAGACCUGGUUCGGUGGGAAUGAUGUCUGUAUAGUGAUGGAAUAGUUUAAAAUGGCUGAAGUAAUGACCCCGCUGUCGUUCAGCCCUGCCAGAAAAACCGAGGUGGGGUCUGAUGAAACGCUCAUGACACUGAAGAGUGGGCUCUAUUGAGUGUGGUGUGUAAGUCCAUGUGUUUGAGAAUUCUUUAAUAAUGUUUCUCCAAAGCCUAUGUCCUAAGCCAGGACCCCGUUCUUAAUUCAGGGUCUGCAAUCUCAGCAUCUAUACGAAGGAACGUCACCUAUCUUCGUUCAGUGCAUAUUGAUACCUAGAUGUAACGGAGCUCCCUGUACCCCUGGCUGAGUACAUCUGCCAAGGACCACUUCCUAGCUGGAACAAGGGAAAAAACCGCAGCACUUCUUCCCAUUGUCGCCGUGGCUUGACUUUGGCCCCGGAACGGCUCCUUCCUGGAGCCGAAUGGGGAAUUGGCUCUAGUCCUUACAAGGACUUUCCCCGUUGAAUCCCCUGCAAGCUGGAACAGCAGACACAUGAGUAAAUCUUUCCCUCCAAUAACGGGACGACACACAGUUUUGGAGUGUAAACUGGAAUAUAUUUUAAUGGAGCCACACUGGCCUUUUAUAACAAUCCCCAAGCAAGGUGUACGCCCACAUGGACCUUGUUGGGGACAGGGACACAAACUUACAAACCAAUAAUAACACAUUUACAAUGUAAGGCACUCCCACACAUGACACACAAUCCCUCCCCUCUGCUCGGGAGAUAAUUGGAUCAGUUACUGUACUAAUUCUAAUCCAAUUAUCUCCAAGCAAAGAAAAAACACACAUUUCUAAAAAGUACCAAAAAUACAUGCUAUCCCCACAAAUGUUACAUCCCCUGAUCGCCCUGAUCUGGGUGACCAACAUAUCCAAAAAUCAUCCAGAUCAGUUUUGACCCACCGUGCACAUGGUCCUAUGCCCAAAACGGUUCCAUGAAAUCAGUGCUGACGGUCAGUCAAGUUUGGUAGUCUUUUACAGGUUUCCCAGCAGAGCCCAUAGUCUGUGGGCAGGAGGCUGGCAAGCAGGUUCCUCCAGGAGCUCGUGGCAAACUCACUUGGAGAGGGGAGUUUGUCACACUAGCGUUGUCUAGUAGGCCUAUAGGAGGGAAAGCUUAGUCUUAAUAAAGACUGUUCCAGAGGGCAGCUUUGCAUACGGGCUUAAUUCGAUAGAAGCGGGAAAUUUGUCAAGUCGAGAAUGUCGAAUAACUUGAUUUGAGACCGUCUCCGGCUGCAAUCAAUACCCCUGCGAGGGUCAGGUCCCGAUCGUGCAAAAUAUGUGUAGGUCCCGCUGUCGCACUAUGGGGUCAUUGCGACCUUAUCAGGAAGAGAUGGUCUGGGCAUUCUGCCCGAAUCUUGGAUGCACUUCCCGGUCUAGGGAUCUACAAGUUCAGGAAUGUACAUACUGGGCCAAAUGAUCGGGAGCCAGCUGUUGGGUGACUUAGGGUGAUGAGUGGAAUGCUGGUCGAAAAGAGGUUUCUCUCAUUGAAUCCAAGCAGAUGUAGCUGUUUGGACCUGAUGUAGUUUGUUGCGCAGGAUAUAAACAAGGGAAGCAUUCGUGACUGAUUCGUGUACAAAGGGAGAGUUCUCCAUCUCCGAACCUUGUCAGCUAUCUUAUCCUCAGAGGUUGUGUUCCUACCCAGUAUCUAUUUGGGAUAAAUGGCAGGAGGAACUGUAGAGCUGACCAGAGACCUCUGGUCUUUUCACGUGCUUGGUCAUGCACUAUCUGACAUGGAGUAGUGGGUCUUCCCCAGUCUAGUAGCACUUGCGGGAUUGUGUGUGUCUGUUUUUGGAGGCAUCAGAAUCUUCUGAUUCCUCCAACAGGAGAAAAUGCCUGAGGGUUUGUCCAUAGUGGCGUAAUUAAAAGCAUUGCAUAACAGUCUGCUCAAUGCCAUGCAGAUUAUAAAAUGUGUGUGUGUGUGUGUGUAUACAUAUAUUAUAAUAAAUGGUAUGAAGAUAGCACUCCAAGGACUUAGAAGUAUUGUGAAAAAACGUAUCUUUUAUUCAGGCAUCUGCCAUGGUGAAUCAACGUUUCAGUUCUCUAAUGGAAGUUUCGUCAGGAUACAGUGCAAUACAACAGACAGUGUUUAAAUAGCCUGAAACAGUAAUGAACACACAGUAUACAGCCUGUACUUACAAUUAACCCCUGGAAUGCAGCCAGCUGGAGUGAAAAAGUCGCAGGUAAAUGUGACCCAGUAUGGCUACAACUGCUGGCGCGGAGAGCUGGAUUAAACUGUUUGCGUUCCACUGGUUGGCAUGGUUACUAGUUGGAACGUGAGGGGGCGUGUCUAACAAGCACAACUGGCAGCCGAUUGUAACCUAACGGCUAAGAGAAGAGAUCGUAGUAAUGAGAAUCGGCCUAAAUGGGGAAGAUACAAAGUAAAUCAUGCUUGUGCAGUAAUCGCCAGCAGCAGUAUAAGGGGUGAAAACACCGAAAAAAUCUAACUGUUUAGGACGGCUGGGGUGAAGUCACAGGUGGGAUAACUGGAUGGUAGGAGGCUAUGUAUAAGCCGAUCUAAGGCAUAAGUGACAGCCUAGGAGGAUGGGGAACCGUAUUUAGAGCAUGAAUGAUCACCUCUUUACUGAGAAUACAGUAGAGGGCUACAGUGCUGGUGUGCAAGUAGUGAGCACAUUAUGUACUAUGAGGGAAGGGGAAUCACAGGGUUAGCAGUUAGAGAAGAGAUAGAUAUAUAAUAUGAGAUGUGCCUAAGCCAUAUUUUAGAUCCUUGAAGCCAGCUAGGUAUAUUAGUAAGCAAAGUAUGAACAGUAAUAUCCCCAGGGACUUAAUCGAAAAUUAUAAGUAAUGUUCAAUGAAGCAGAUGUACAGUAUCAACAGCAUAAUCUAUUGAACACAGAAUAUAAAGUGUAACUUAAAGGACCACUCUAGGCACCCAGACCAUUUCAGUUUAAUGAAGUGGUCUGGGUGGCAGGUACCUCUAGGAUUAACCUUUUUUUUUUUUUAUAAACAUAGCAGUUUCAGAGAAACUGCUAUGUUUAUAAAUGGGUUAAUCCAGCCUCCAGAGCCUCUAGUGGCUGUCUCAUUGAGAGGCGCUUGCGUGCUUCUCACUGUGAAAAUCACAGUGAGAGCACGCAAGCGUCCAUAGGAAAGCAUUAUAAAUACAUUCCUAUGCAACCGGCUGAAUGCGCGCGCGGCUCCUGCCGCGCAUGCGCAUUCAGCAGAUGACGUCGCGAGCAAGGAGGAGUACAGCUCCCCGCCCGGCGCUGGAGAGAGGUAAGUGUUUAACCCCUUCCUCUCCCCAGAGCCGGGCGGGAGGGGGACCCUGAGGGUGGGGGCACCCUCAGGGCACUAUAGUGCCAGGAAAACGAGUAUGUUUUCCUGGCACUAUAGUGGUCCUUUAAGAGUUGGUUAAAAGUAUCAAGUACGAUCUGGCACUCUAACAAUUUAAACAAAAUAACCAAAAUGUGUGAUCAGGUCAGAGGUACAGGAAGGUACAGGGAGACACAGUGUAACUCCUGUAGUGUCUGAUUGGAGUCAAGUAGUAUAUACCCACACCUUCACUUCUACUAGGUAAUGAGAAAUUAUCCAAACAAUUAUGGGAAAAAAUAUUAAAAACCAGAAUGUAUACUCAAUGACCAGAGAGAGAUUAGCUUGCAUAGGUAAUAGGUGUAUUUAGAUCAGGUUCUAAGGACAAAGUAUAUUACAAUAAUACUGGUCUUAUGGAGCUGAUCAUAGAAAUAUCCCUAGGGAGUGUUUCUCGUUAAGUCCUUUAGGGUAGAGUUUCAAGAGUUUUGAUCCAAUAUAGUUCUUUCUGUAAUAGAAGCUUCUUACAGUCACCGCCCCUAAUUGGUAGAGGUAUGUGGUAGAUUGCCAUAAACUUCAUGGAGGGUAAUGGAUGGUUUUGCCACAGGUAGAUCGGAGCCAUUAUCCCUGUAGGCUACACGUAUACUGGAGCGGUGGUUGCAGAUUCUCUCUCGUAGUGGCAAGUCAGUUUUCCCUAUGUAUGCCAAUCCACAGGGGCACUGCAGUUUAUAUAUAACAAAGUCAUUUGUACAGGUCAAACGGUGGUGGAUUAUGUAUUUCUUCCCAGUGUGGGGGUGUGUGAACGUCUUGCUAGGUAUCAUAUGGCUACAUGUCACACACCCCCCAGUGGAACGCAAACAGUUUAAUCCAGCUCUCUGCACCAGCGGUUGUAGCCAUACUGGGUCACAUUUACCUGCGACUUUUUCACUCCAGCUGGCUGCAUUCCAGGGGUUAAUUGUAAGUACAGGCUGUAUACUGUGUGUUCAUUACUGUUUCAGGUUAUUUAAACACUGUCUGUUGUAUUGCACUGUAUCCUGACGAAACUUCCAUUAGAGAACUGAAACGUUGAUUCACCAUGGCAGAUGCCUGAAUAAAAGAUACGUUUUUUCACAAUACUUCUAAGUCCUUGGAGUGCUAUCUUCAUACCAUUUAUUAUAAUAUAUGUAUACACACACACACACACACAUUUUAUAAUCUGCAUGGCAUUGAGCAGACUGUUAUGCAAUGCUUUUAAUUCAUACCGUUUAUUUUAUAUCUACUUGCUGAUAAGCACCGCUUACUCUUUACAAACAGGAGUGUAAAUAUUAUAAUCUCUCUCUCGCUCUCUCCUUAAUAACUGGGGCUCACCCAGUAAUAAUAAUAACCUCCAGGAAAAUAUCCAGUAGGGAGGUAGAGUGGCACAGACAAAGCAGGCCAGUCAGAUCCAAUAGCCAAGGCAAGGCAAGGCAAGGAUAUGUAAUAAUAUGAUGGGGAGUUCACCCCCAGUAAUAUAGUAUAGUAGCAGACCGCAUUCGAUAGGGUAAAUUAUAUUAUGUAGUAACUGGGGCUCACCAAGUAAUAUUCCCCCAGAAUACAUUUCAGGUAUAAUAGUAUAUAGCAUAAGCUAGGGCACUCACUCAAGAAGCCCUUCCCACUCCCCCCCGCGGCAAUUAAAGGCAGGAUCUCAUGCAAGUGCGCGAGAUUAAAGAUGGCCACCGAAAAUACUCAAGCUCGGGAAAGGCAGGAAGAAGCCUCCCGAUGUCCCCAAACCCCAGAAACACAAGGGUACAGCCAGAUUAGGGAGACCCAGGGAGGAAACCACCAACCGAAAAAUAAAAGGUAGGAUAGGAAGGUGAGAAAGGGGUAAGCCAGGAUAGAAAUAGUGACCAGAAAGUGCACAAGAAUUAUAGGCAACUAUACCAAUAAGUACUAAUCAAUAAAGGUGCAAGAAAUCGGUAAUAUAAAAUCCCAAAGAAAGAGGGAGUUAUGUGUGGGGUGGGGAGGGGACAUUUUUAAUGUAUCUAACUUUUUUCUGAUUGUUUUUUUUUUUCUCUAUGUUAAUGUGCUGCUGUGGAGUUCUAGUAAAGAGAGACUUAAGCAAAUAUGAAGCCUCCUGUCAUGUUAUAAAAUUCUGAGAAUACCGCUUCCUAUCAGAAAACCUGGUAAAUAUUUUAAAUCAAAAGCAACAGGCGUUUGGACAAGUCCCACCCCUCACACACAUCACCUUCUGCUUGGUGGCUGCUGUAAAGUGUGUGUCCUGGCACAUUGAUAUCCUUCAGUGGUCCUCUGAUGUCCAUGACAAUAUCCUUCAUGUGCUUCCUACUUGGGAGGGGGAGAACUUAGCACAGUGUGGUGAGUCGUGGAGAGCAGUGAUGUGGGAUAGUUUAAAAGGCUUUGUGAUAUAGACAGACAAGCCCAUGACAGAUCCUGGGAGGGUAUGGGAGUCCGGAGUGGCUCUGUGGCAGAUAAGAUCUUUGUUUAGUAGGUAAUUCAUACUCAAAAACUGCUGGGAAAUAGGGUCUUCCAGUUUUGAUUAUGAAAGUUGUUUGACUGCAUCCUAAAUGUCUUAUCUUUUCGCAGAGCAGGAGACUCUGGCCAGCCCGUCUGGGUGGGUUCCACUUCUCAUCGCUCUCAUGUAUGAAGCUACGGAUAGCGGCUCCCCUUGGGCACCUUACUUUGGGCUCUGGCCUGUCUUGGAUCCUCCUGACCUACCCAUGUUUUGGUGAGUUAAUUGGAGCUAUGUGCAGAAUAUGUCCUGAACACCUCGCACUCUGUCCUACCUGGGAACGGGGGGGGGGAGUUCCACUCUCUGUUCUACCUGGGGAGGAUACAGCUUUCUGUCUUCCCUCAGGACUAUCCCCGGGGGGUCCCACUCUCUGUCCUACUUGGGGAGGGUCCCACUUUCUGUUUUACCUCAGGACUAUCUCCCUGGAGGGGGACGCUCUCUGUUCUACUUGGGGGAGGGGGUGAGUGUGUCCUGCUCUCUGUCCUGUCUGGAUGAGACUAUAGAGUGUUUUUCUAUUCUGACCAAACUGCCCUCUUUGGAAAUGUGUACAUGUUCCCAUGAAUUCCAGGCAAAUAUCUGUAUAUAACAGAACAGAGAAUGCCGAGUACAACCACCUGUGGCACACAGGCAGCUCUGGUGAUUGGCCGGGCUGUAUGUCACAUGGUGUACAUGGUUCUGUCAUCAUAUGUCCUAAACAAAUCCUGUCACAUCUUGCUACCAUCACCCACGUAUUGUGGGUAGCUGCCUGUGGCACUGCGACUAUAACCAGCUUGUUCCAGAGCCCCAUGAAAUGUUGGCAUGUGACUUCUGUUAUUAGGUCCGACAAGGAAAAGACAACACUCCUACAAGGAACUGGAGUGUCCGAAGCUGUGAAGAAAGAUCUGGAGAACAUGGAGCAGGAAUAUGAAUCCAUCGUCUUACCUUUUAUCCAGAGACAUCCGCACUUGUUUAACCCUGAGGAACACUCCCUGGAUUUGUACAAGAGGCUGGUGGCAUUUGUUAUGGCAUACAGGUGAGAGGACACGUCUCUGGUCCAGCACACAAUGGCCAUUUUAAAGAAAUACUCCUUAUAUUCCCUGUAAAAGUUUUAUUUAUUGGAUAUUUGCCGUUACUGGAUGGCUUUUCCAGGUAUCUACUACCCUUUCUAUAUCACUGUCCGCCUACAGCGUGUCUUACCACCUGUGUGCAGUGGUUGUACAGUUUUUGUAAUUUGUAAAGUAUUAAGGUGACUUUAAGGUUUAAUCAAACCCUUUUGAUUGUAUAUUUAAAAAAAAAACAACAAAAAAAAAACAGCUUCAAUUUAUAGUCAAAGGGACACUAUGGUCACCGAAACAACUUUAGCUUUUAGCCCCUCCAGUGACACUGCUCAAUCCUCUGCCAUUUUGGAGUUAAAUCACUUUGUUUAUGAACCCUAGUCACACCUCCCUGCAUGUGACUUACACAGCCUUCAUAAACACUUCCUGUAAAGAGUCAUCUAAUGUUUACACUUUCUAUAUUGCACAUUCUGUUUAAUUUAGAAUAUCUUAUUUCCUGCUCUGUUAAUAGUUUGCUAAACCCUGCAGGAGCUUCCUGUAUGUAAUUAAAGUUCAACUUAGAGAGUAGAAAAUAAAAACUUCUAAAGCAAGUUAAGAUCUGAAAGUGAAACCAUUUUGUUUUCAUGCAGGCUCUGUCACUCACAGCCAGGGGAGGUGUGGCUAGGGCUGUAUAGACCGAAACAAAGUGAUUUAACUCCUAAAUGGCCGAGAAUUAAAGAUAGAGCAUUCACUAUACAGCAAAACUGCUUCAUUAAGAUAGUGGUUUUUUUUUUUUUUUUGUGACUAUAGUCCUUUUAACCUUUAUUAACCUAUUUUGUUUUUUAAGGGUUUCUCUUUGUUCUGGUUUAGUCUAAUCCAACCUGGAAUUAAAGCUAAUAUCACACUAUUUGGGUUUUUCUGUAGUGAAAUCCCAGACUCUAUUACUGACCGUAGUAAUGAGGGCUACCAGGAAGCCAAGCCUCUGAUGUUAAACAAGGACAGUCACCCAAUUAAGGUUUGGGUGCUGGAGACAGAAAUACAGUUGCAAGAAAAAGUAUGUGAACCCUUUGGAAUGAUAUGGAUUUCUGCACAAAUUGGUCAUAAAAUGUGAUCUGAUCAUCAUCUAAGUCACAACAAUAGACAAUCACAGUCUGCUUAACCCCUUAAGGACUGGACUGUUUUUGCGAUGUUGUACAUUUGCGACCAGGAAUAUUUUUACACUUUUGUGGUGUUUGUGUUUGGCUGUAAUUUUCAGCUUUCUCAUUUACUGUUCCCAUACAAAUUAUAUAUUGUUUUUUUCAGGACAAAAGGGGCUUUCUUUACAUACCAUUAUUUAUAUAAUCUCAUGUAUUUUAAUUUAAAAAUAAAUAAAAAAAAAGAUGAGAAAUCUUAAAAAAUACAUGUUUUUUUUACUUUUAGUUGAAAAAUCUUUUACUCAUCUACAAAAGCGAAUGAAAAAAACUGCUAAAAAGAUUCAAAAUUUUGUCCUGAGUUUAAAAAUACCCAGUGUUUACGUGCUUUUUUUUUUUUUGCAUGUUAUAGGGCUAUAGGUAAAAGUAGGAUAUUGCGGUUUCAAAACAUACAUUUUUAAAAUUUAUCAAUAGUGACAUUAUAACACUAUUAUCUGUCAAAUCUCUGAAUAACACCCCACAUGUACAUAUUUUUUUUUUAAAGUAGACAACCCAGGGUAUUCAAUAUGGGGGAUGUCCAGUCUUUUUUAGUAGCCACUUAGUCGAAAACACUGGCCAAAGUAAGCAUUCAUAUAGUAGCCACUUAGUCGAAAACACUGGCCAAAGUAAGCAUUCAUAUUUGUUUGUGUGUGAAAAAAGUAAAAAACCUAAAUUGAACACUAAUUUUGGCCAGUGUUUGUAACGAAGUGGUUACUAAAAAAGACUGGACAUACCCCAUUUGCAAUACCUUGGGUUGUCUUCUUUUGCAAAUGGUAUGCCAUCAUGGGGGUAAUUCUCAUUCCUGGGCUACCAUACGCUCUCAAAGGCAACGUAACCAACCUGGCCAUUUUCAAUGUAAAAAUAUUUGACCCUUUAACGUUCAAAAAUGCUAUAAAACCUGUACAUGGGGGGGUACUGUUUUACUCGGGAGACAUCGCUGAACACAAAUAUUAGUGUUUAAAAACUGGAAAACGUAUCAACAAUUAUAUCAGUAAAAGUGCUGUUUGUGUGUGAAAAAUGCAAAAAAAGUAACUUUCACUGACAAUAUCAUCGCUGUGAUAUGUUUUACUGUUUUGAAUCACUAAUAUUUGUGUUCAGCUAAGUCUCCCGAGUAAAACAGUACCCCCCAUGUACAGGUUUUAGGGUGUCGUAGAACGUUACAGGGCAAAAUACAGUGCUAGCAAAUUAAAUUCUCUGGACUUUCGGCCUGGGUUGGCAGGCAGGUCCCUCAAAUUGCAAUCAAUAAAAUUAAUUAUGUAAAAAUAUUACAUAAAUACGCACGUAGAAUUUAAUAUAUAUGCAUACUUAUAUAUUUGAAGUCUACGUGUAUAUUUUUAUAAUUAUUUAUGUAAUUUUGUAUAUGGACAUAUGUAUAUUUCGUAUUUUUAUUUAUAUAUACAAAUUCAUUCUAAGUGUAUUUUGAUAUAAAUACAUAAAUUUUAAAAUACAGUUAGAAUAAAAUUUCAUUUAGAUAUAAUUUUUUUCAAUUUUUAUUAUUUAAAAAAAAUUUUUUAAUUUAAAUUACUUAUUUAUAUUUUAUAAUAUAUAUAUACACACAAUAUAUAUACGCCUUCUGAAGUGGCCCAGUCAGAGUCCUGACCUCAACCCGAUUGAGAUGCUGUGGCAUGACCUCAAGAAAGCGAUUCACACCAGACAUCCCUAGAAUAUUGCUGAACUGAAACAGUUCUGUAAAGAGGAAUGGUCAAGAAUUACUCCUGACCGUUGUGCACGUCUGAUCUGCAACUACAGGAAACAUUUGGUUGAAGUUAUUGCUGCCAAAGGAGGUUCAACCAGUUAUUAAAUCCAAGGGUUCACAUACUUUUUCCACCUGCACUGUGAAUGUUUACAUGGUGUGUUCAAUAAAAACAUGGCAACAUUUCAUUCUUUGUGUGUUAUUAGUUUAAGCAGACUGUGAUUGUCUAUUGUUGUGACUUAGAUGAUGAUCAGAUCACAUUUUAUGACCAAUUUGUGCAGAAAUCCAUAUCAUUCCAAAGGGUUCACAUACUUUUUCUUGCAAAUGUAUAACAGUGAUAUUGAACGUUCUGUUUUUUUUUUUUUUUUUUCCUAUUCUUUGUUUCUCUUAUUUUACUUUGCAUGUUUUGUCGGUAUGUCAAAUAGUUAAAGGGAUUCUCCAGUGCCAAGAAAGCAAACCCGUUUCCCUGGCACUAGAAAAUCCUGGAGUGCCCUCAUCCCAUGCCGCUGAAGGAGUUAAAACCCUUUCAGCUACUUACCUGAAUCCAGCGUCGAUGUCCCAGAGCGCUGGGUGAGGCUCCGUUCAUGCUCCUCCCCCGCCAUCAGUCAGCGGGAGAGACCUAAUGCGCAUGGGCAGCAAUGGCCACACGCGCAUUAGACCAAUGCUUUCUUAUGGGGAAAAUCUGACGUCCUCCUCACGGACCUGCAACGUCAGAUAACGGACCAAAAGUCUGUUUUGAUUCCGGAAGCGCCCCCAGUGGCUGUCUGGUAAUCAGCCACAGAGGGCAGACUUUUUACAUUGCAGCACUAAGUGCAAAAGGGUCACAGCACCGAGACCACUUCAAUUAGCUGAAGUGCUCUGGGUGCCUACAGUGUCCCUUUAACCUGAGGCAUCCUGGGACAUUGAAAUGCCGAAGAUAAAAAAUUCACAGAUUCUAGUUAAAACACUUGGUAUCUUAGGAGAAGCAAACCUGGUUUGAACACAAUGCAAGAUGGCGUGCUUAGUCCUUCAUUAUAAACCAGAGGCUGCAAGCUGUUAUUUCAGCAACCUUGGAUAAAUAACAAACUCUUGCAUUGCAACCCAGCAAACUCCUUAACCCAAUCUUUGCCAGUUAUACUGUAACUUCCUUUGGCUGCUCAAAUUCUGGAAUUGACUCCCCCUCUUUAAACGGACCUGGUGAAGGCUCGUCAAAGACACUGUGCUGAAACGUUGACCUGUUAAUUGAAAGUUUCAUGUGAGAGCAGUAAAGUGCACACCAAUCAAUUUACACCGAAUGAAACUCCAAUUCAGGGAAGGCAAUCUUCAGAACUUGAGAUGUUGUGGACUACGUCUCCCAAAAAGCAUCUGGAGUGCUGAAGCUUGUCUAUUCCUGCUGCCUAUUUAAACAAUUAAUGGUCGACAUUAACAGAAAUGUAACAAAUUCUCCAUAUUUUAAUCAGCUUUCAGGAGUCGCUAGAAGAGGAAGAGGAGGACUCUGGAAAGGAGGAUAACCCACCCAUGAUGGUGCCUGUGGCUGACCUCCUAAACCAUGUGGCACAGCACAAUGCACACUUGGAGUUCACACCGGUACGUGGUCCUGUGCCUCUGGUAUACUCUAUAUCCGAGCUGAUGUGUGUGUCCCCUGGAAUCCAGGAUAUUUGCUUGAAGUGCUCUCUUCCUCGUUCACGUCACACCCCCUCACCCUAUGAUCUUUCCUUUAGGACUAUCUCCGCAUGAUCACCACGCGGCCGGUCCAGGCUGGGCAAGAGCUAUUUAACACCUAUGGGCAGAUGGCAAACUGGCAGCUCUUGCACAUGUACGGAUUCACAGAGCCCCAUCCCCAAAACAGCAACGAUACGGCAGAUAUUCAGAUGACAACGCUCCGCAAGGCUGCAUUAUACGGUUAGUAAGUCAAUCCCUGACCCUCAAUUACCACCAUCGAGUAACUGGCCAAAUCUGCUGCACAUUAUGAUACCGGAUCCAAUGCUGGCCGUGCUGUCCACUUGCUGCAUACGCAAUGUACCUGUGUGGCCGGUGAUAAGCACCCAGUCGUUGAAUCUGCGUUUUUAUUUUUGAGUUUGACAUGUGACAUUGUGUGACCACCUGUUUGCUGUAUCCCCAGCUGCCACUUCAGAAGAUGGCUGUGCCCGGGUGCAGGAGCGCUGGGACUUGCUGUGUGACAUGGAGAUGGUGGGAGAGGAAGGGGCCUUUGUGUUUGGCUGUGAGGAGGUCAUGACAGAUGAAGAACUGAGGACCUGCCUGAAGGUAAAUCCAUAUAAAAUAUACACAGCCAGUUGUCCUCCAACGUGUGACAAUGUAUCUACAGUCUUACAUAUCAGAUACAGGAUGCCCCAAAACUUAGAAACUAUAUGGAGGAUGCAUGGUGUCCCUCAACAUCGGUAAUACAGCGAGGGCAACCUACUAUUACCUUUAAAUAGGAUACAGGGCUUGUCUCACUUGUAGAUUGGGUUUCGGGCAUCUCUUAUGCUAAAUGUAAUAAAGGCAGCUGAUCUAAUGGAUUGGCUUUGUUCUGAGGUUAUGGAAAGCCACAUAUUUUAGCCAUUUCAUGUCACUGAAGUUGUUAUAGUGUGAGUUUCCUCCAUAUUCCAGCAGUUUAAAGUGAUUCUGUAAUGGGCAUACAUUGAAUACAUCUCACCUCUAUUCCAGGGCUUCCCGGGUGUCUGCCCUCCGCUCUUUACACAGUCUUCUUUCAUUUGCCAACCCUCCUCAGUGACACCAGCACGGCGCUGUUCCUAAACUCCUCGGAGCACUUGCUAUACUUUGGAGAGCGGGUCUGCCUGCAGCUGGUCUUUUUACACUCCCUUGUCAGUAAAUUGACAGCAUAGAGUCCAUGCCAAAUGGACCAAAUUUGACUGUAGCACCAUGACCACUUCAAAUCACUGCUGUAAAGUUUGGCUUUAACUUACAGUUUGCACGCUGCCACCUACCCCCAGAAAUGUCUUUAUUAAAGACAAGCAAUGAAAAAUGUUUUAUUGGAAAAAGAAAACCUAAAACAAUUCUGAAAUCCAGAAAAUGUCAUUUUAGGGAAGUUCCCUGGAGCUAGUUUAUAUUAAUGGUUGCCAGGCCCCCCCCAACCUCGUGCUGGCUUCAGUCACUUCACGAGAGUAGAUACGCUGUCCUCCUGGUUCAAGCAAAUAACGGAACCCACAAGCAGUCAGACAUUUUCGUUGAAACAGCCUCGGUUCCUUUAACCCCUUAAGGACACAUGACAUGUGGGACAUGUCAUGAUUCCCUUUUAUUCCAGAAGUUUGGUCCUUAAGGGGUUAAAUAAAUAAAGGAAUUUCUCUUGUGAAAGGACUAUAGCUCCCACAUGAGUAUGUUAAAUGUAGACGGGUGGAGAUACAUGGCAUGGAGGUCACUGGUUAUGUUGUGGGGGAGAGAGGGUAUAGAAAGCACAGGGUAUUGGGGGGCAGUCCCAGGAUACCGCGUGACUGGGUAUAUGGGGGGCAGUCCCGGGAUGCCGCGUGACCGGCUUAUAAUGUGUUGUGUUUUUGCUCAGGUGCUCUGUAUGUCUGCUGAAGAGUUUGCGGAAUACAAGGAGAAUGAGGGCUGGGAGGAAGAUGAAGAUGAUGACGACGAACAGACACUGAUAAUGGAAGACUUAUCAAGGCUGCCGGCGCCGUGGCGUCAGCUACUACAUGCCAGCACCAUCCUCACUUUGAAGGACUUUGCUUCCGACCUGGACAGUGACCACGCCAUGAUCACCAAUGCUGCAACGUACGCUAAGCUGAGUGUCAGGGAGCGCCAUGCUCUCCAGGUGCGAUACGGCCAGAAACGCAUUUUACACAGGAUCUUGGAACUAACAAACUGACUGGCACCCAGGAACUGGAAGACUUGUUUAUUUUAGCAUUGUUUAAAUAAAAUGGAUGCCUUUUCUAAGGAAGCAUGUCUGAUAAUACAGGGAUUUCUAACAGUUUAUUAACAUCAUUAGUAAGUCUGUACGUGAAGGGUUCUGAAGGACCCUUUUUCAACUCCGUUGGGUCGGCAAAGAGCGUCGCUGUCACCCCAAACUCUCUCCUUUCUCCUAUUGUUUGUCUCUCUUCCUGAAUCUGUACUUUUGUUAAUCUUAAACCAAAGUAUUGAAACAGGAAGCUGCGGAUGCCAGUGGUGCCCUUCAGAGUAACAUCAUGAUAGCUGUAGUUUUAAAUCAGCCAGGGAUCUACCUUUUGAGGCUUCCUCAUUCUAACUUAAAGGGAUACUCCAGGCACCCAGACCUUAAAGGAACACUGUCACCUAAAUUACUUUAGCUAAAUAAAGCAGUUUUAGUGUAUAGAUCAUUCCCCUGCAAUUUCACUGCUCAAUUCACUGUCAUUUAGGAGUUAAAUCACUUUGUUUAUGCAGCCCUAGCCACACCUCCCCUGGCUAUGAUUGACAGAGCCUGCAUGAAAAAAAAACUGGUUUCACUUUCAAACAGAUGUAAUUUACCUUAAAUAAUUGUAUCUCAAUCUCUAAAUUGAACUUUAAUCACAUACAGGAGGCUCUUGCAGGGUCUAGCAAGCUAUUAACAUAGCAGGGGAUAAGAAAAUCUUAAUUAAACAGAACUUGCAAUAAAGAAAGCCUAAAUAGGGCUCUCUUUACAGGAAGUGUUCAUGGAAGGCUGUGCAAGUCACAUGCAGGGAGGUGUGACUAGGGUUCAUAAACAAAGGAAUUUAACUCCGAAAUGGCAGAGGAUUGAGCAGUGAGGCUGCAGGGGCAUGUUCUAUACACCAAAACUGCUUCAUUAAGCUAAAGUUGUUCAGGUAACAAUAGUGUCCCUUUAACUCUGCAAGUGUAAUUAUUGCAGUUUUCAUAAACUGCAACAAUAAUUACCUUGCAGGGUUAACUUCCGUGUUCUUAGAACACAAAGUAUGUUAUACAACGCUGGACGUUUUCGCCCUAUUUGAGGACCCCCAGUGUCGCCAAAAUCCCCAUAGGAAAGCUUUCCUAUGGGGAAGUCUAAUUAGGUGUCCCCCGACGGCUGACUUCGGCCAGGCAGGAGAGUAGGCGGAGUCUGACCAGCGUGAGGGACAAAAGACUAAUGUUUUCCUGGCCCUGGAGAAUCCCUUUACGAGAAACAGGUAGAGCUAAGACACGCUGGAUUCAAGACUCUGGGGCUAAAUUGCUUAUUGGUGGUUUAACCCCUACAGGUAACCCUGCACCAGGCACCAUAACUCUAUAAUCCAUAAAUAUAAACCUCUUUACCUUGUUUUUAACAGAUAUAUACAAAUGGGGUGAUUGUGUAUUACUUACCAAGUCAAGAAAGCAUGAUAAUGCAAUGCCCAUGCAGUAUCACUCCUCAAUUCUCUGCCAUUUAGGAGUUAAGUAUUUUUUGUUUCUGAUAUUAUGUUGGUAUCACUUUAAUUUCAGCAUAUACAUAAAAAGGGAGGAAAACACAUAAAAGGGGGUGAUAGUGUAAAUCUGUAUAAUUCUUUGUGACUGUGAAAUAAUCGAGCAAAAUGCCAACUCACCUAGUACAAAGCCUGGAGUAGGAUAGGCUCAAAUCACUUUCGUGCCGUCUGGUGGUACUGUCCCCUUUACGAAUGUUAGUAAUUUUCCUCAGAGAAGGGAGAUAUAAGGGUGGUACAAUAGAGAAUAAUAUAGUGUAGUAUUAUAGGGGACACCUUCCCUUCUUAGAGCAGGUUGAUGAGGACCAGAAGCGGACUUUGAUAAAAAUAAUAAAAUGUAUUCUACCAAUAUAAGUUAAAAUACAAAGUAAAUCUAUAUAGACAACAAAAUCAAAUGAAGAAUGUCCAGCAAGCUUCCUCCUAUUCCGAGACGCGUUUCACCCUACUUGAGGGCUUUUUCAAUCGGUAUACCUGCUCUAAGAAGGGAAGGUGUCCCUUUAAGUGACACCAAAGCUUGCAAACCUAGAGUCAGGUACCUGAGCUCUGACUAAGGUGAGCACUCAUUUAAAGUCACAGUAUACUCACCUUUAACUCAAAGUACUACACUAUAUUAUUCUGUAUUGUACCACCCUUAUAUCUCCCUUCUCUGAGGAAAAUUACCAACAUUCUUAAAGGGGACAGUACCACCAGACGGUACUAAAGUGAAAGUGAUUUGAGCCUAUCCUACUCCAGGCUCUGUACU